UAUAGGUCAUGGCAGGUCGACUCUCAUUAGAGAAGAGGGAGUAACUUAACGUUAUAUUGAUUUUAAGUUAUAAUAUAAUAAAUUUUUUAAUAUAAAUAUAUAUUCACAUAUCAUAUAAAAAUAACAAAUAAAAGUACAAAUCUUUAAUUCCAACUUACUCAAUUAAGUGUUUCAGUGGUUAGAGUUCAAUCUCAUCUCUAAGCCAGUUCGAAUAGCCCAUGGUGCCAUAUUACACACCCCUGCCUCGAAAUUUUAUUUUUGGUAACUAUCAGAUCCACAAGUUUCUAUGACAAUCCACAAGUUUCUGGACAAUACUUGAAAGUUUCAAGACUGCAUAUGAGGCGGUGGACUCUAGUAAAGAAGCUAUUUGCAACAAAAAAAACUUCAGUGCUCUAAGUUGCAUAAUGCAGGAUUUUUCAGUUAAUGGUCAGCAACAUGCUGAAAAGAAAUUCCAUGUGACGGUAACUAAACCGAGACAGGCGGAGGAAGAUACCAAUUUUCAACCAAAUUGUGGGAAAAGUUCUGCACCACGCGUUGGCUGCAAGGCCAGACGGAAAUUGAACUUGCUGACUGAGGAUGAGAAGAAGGAACGGAGAUUCCUCCGGAUGUUGGCGAACAGAGAGUCAGCCAAACUGACAAUUCUCAGGAGGCAGGCUCGUCGUGUGGAGCUAGAAAGGAAAGCUGCUGAAUUAGAAUAUGAAAAUGAAAAACUAAGGAAGAUAAAAGAGGUGGCCAUGAAAGAGCAUGAAUUUUUGAAGAGAACUAACGAGAGCUUAAAAGCUCAGCUAAAUUUAAACAGGGUGACAAUGAAUGUUGAAGUCGAAGAAACUCCAGAGGGAUCAAAGUUUGACAAUGCUCACAUACCAACUUCAACAUCUACAAGAACUCAACCGUCCAGCUUGCCACAUAUUACUCCAGGUUCAAGUAUUGUCCAGUCUGCACCUCAAAAUGGUAUUGCUUGUACCUCUAAAAUUCGCGUGCUAACAGAAGGCAAGACUUCUCUCUCAGAGCAUGAAAAUCCUGCAAGGACGAAUGUACCAGGGAUUCCAUUUGCACUGCCAUACACUUGGUUGUUUCCUCCUUAUUAUGCUAAUGGAGUUCCUCCCUGGUCAUCGGACUUGGCUCAUGAACAUAACAUAACUAAGGCAUCUGGUACCAGUUCAUUUCAGAAGCCCCUAGCUGAUGUGAAGAACGAUCAAAGAUACCCACUCAAAAAGACAAGAGGCGAAGCUUCUACCUCAACAGUAGUUACUGGGCCUUCGGCACAGGUGCAUUGUGGGAAAGCUUCCGGAAAAGAACUUGCUCAUAAGCAUAAAGUAACAUCUGCAGCAGUUACUGUUAGUUCAUCAGAAGGAAAUGAGGAAAGUGUUAUUGGUCUACACGCCAGCCCAGAAGAUGCCAUAAAGAGAAGGAAUGAAUUCAUAACUUCUGCAGGCACUACCAGUAGUUCAUCAGAGGAAGAUGAGGACCAAAAUGAUGGUCGUCUACUCCGGAGACAGAUGGAUGCUUUUGCAGCAGCAGCGGCCAGGAAGAGGAGGAAGGACAUUGUGAAAAUGAAGAACUUUCACUAUUCUCGUCAAUCUCAUGUCAAGACAUGAAGCAUUUAGGUGGAGAGUCUACUGUUCUCCUUAGUACGUGGCAGGGGUUGGACUGAGUGUUGUUGCAGUAUACUUGACAACGAAAAAUGACUUCUAAAGAAAGAUUCCUGAACUCGAAUAAGGUUAUAUAUCUUUCUUUGGGGAUCAGUUUUUCUUAGAAAGUAUACCGUAACCAGUUAAGUUUCUUACUGAAAUCCUGUUUUCAAGUUAGCAAGGUUAUCUUCAACUUCGAAAUACUUCUGUACAUAAAUAAGGCUUUUCGGAUUUUGAGGAAACUGUGCUUGUUUUAUGAGAAUGUUUCUUUUUAUUGCA